GAACAAAACAAGUAACGAAAGAGCCGUAUUCAGACUCUACUGGUUUAUCUCUUGGCAACAAGAAAAUAUGUCUUCCUCUCCGGAUUCAUCUCUUCCUAGCCAGAGGUUAAUCGGGAAAGUGGCGAUAGUUACUGGUGGAGCAACAGGCAUUGGUGAGAGCAUUGUGCGUCUGUUCCACAGGCAUGGAGCAAAAGUUUGCAUAGUUGACGUGCAAGACAACCUUGUUCAGCAUGUUUGUGAAUCCCUUGGUGGUGAUACAAAUGUUUGUUUUUUCCAUUGUAAUGUAACAAAUGAGGAGGAAGUUCAUUCAGCAGUUGAUUUUGCAGUGAACAAGUUUGGUACACUAGAUAUCAUGGUCAACAAUGCUGGGGUAUCUGGCACGCCAUGUCCUGAUAUCCGAAACUAUGAUUUGUCAGAGUUCGAGAAGGUGUUUGAUGUGAAUGUUAAGGGUGUUUUCUUAGGAAUGAAGCAUGCUGCUAGGAUCAUGGUCCCCCUAAAAAGGGGCUCAAUCAUCUCUCUAUGUAGUGUUGCAAGUACUAUUGGUGGUCUAGGCCCUCAUGCUUACACAGGGUCCAAGCAUGCUGUUUUAGGCCUCAACAAGAAUGUUGCUGCAGAGCUAGGAAAAUAUGGGAUUCGCGUAAACUGCGUUUCACCUUAUGGAGUUGCGACAAACUUGUCCUUGGCACACUUACCUGAGGAGGAAAGAACGGAGGAUGCAUGGACAGGUUUCCGAGCUUUUGUUGCAAAAAAUGGUAACCUGGACGGGGUGGAAUUGACAGCAGAUGAUGUGGCUAAUACCGUGCUCUUCUUAGCGAGCAACGACGCUAGGUAUAUAAGUGGAGCUAAUCUUAUGGUUGACGGUGGCUUUACAUGUGUGAACCACAGUCUUCGUGUCUUUAAAUGAUAAAUAGUUGAUGUUGUUCAGGCUUGCUCCCUGCUUUCUAUCCUUUGUUGGAGAUUAUAGUUCUCUCUCAUUGUUGCAAUCUUAUGGUUGAUGGUGGCUUUAAAUGUGUGAACCAGAGUCUUCAUGUCUUUAAAUGAUGAACAGUUGAUGUUGUCCAGGCUUGCUGCCUGCUUCUAUUCUUUGUUGGAGACUGUAGUUCUAUCUUAUUCUUGGUUGCGACAAGCCAGAUACAGCCAGACGAUUGACAGAUUUA